GCACAAUCACACAACCUCUCAACCUCUCAAUUCCAAUAGUAAAUCUCCUCCUCAAUACAGAUACAAAGAACCUCCAAAAUCCAACAAUUGUAACUAAAAAACAACUCAUGUGAAAGGAAGAGACCAUACAAACCAAUACAAAACCAGAAAAGCCAGAAUGAAUUCAACAAAGUUUUUGGGCUUUUACUGAACUUCAUACCCCCAUCCAUCGUUGACAAAGCCUCUCCGCCACUACUACCUCAUCCUUUCUUUCCUCCGUCAAACAAAAACCCUGUAAAUAACACGCAACCAGAAAUUCACAACAGCAAAAUAGAAGUAGCAAACCGUGCAUCAUCAAUACCACAACCUACACCGCCACAACGUUCGACCCCCCACCAGCUCCAAUCUCCCCCUUCCCUCAAGUUUGAUUUGAAAAACCUAGAGUUGUUGGUGAUUCAAGAACAAUAAAAAAAAUUUAGGGUUCUUCAAAUUGGGGGUUUUCCUCAAUUUCGAAUAUGAGGUGAAAUUGGAGUGUGAUGAUUGAUUGAUUGGGCCAAUUGAAGUGCAAUUACUGUUUAGAAGGAGAUUUGUAGAAGAUUUCAUGGGUGAAUGAGCUCAAUUCGACAUUGUAGUGUACUUGGUUCUUGAAGAUUGGUUGAUUUGAGAUUGCAGAAGGUUGUUUACCGUUCGUGGAUGAUUGAAGACAGCCACAAGGUGACCGAUAAAGACAGCCCAAUUCCAGAAGUUCCUCCACAUUUCAAGCGGUCAACAUGCCCGCUCGAUUUCACAGGGUGAUCAUCGGCCAGGUUGGACCCACGAUGCGGUCAAGGACUAUUGAGAUGACUUCUUCAACUCCAUCUCCACCACAGCAGCCUGCUCAAAUGCCUACUGAAGAACCUCCAUUACCAGAUUCACCACCAGUUGUACCAGCUUCACCAUCAUCUGCAGACGAGCUCAGAGCCAGAAUAGUUAUCUUGGAAGCCGUAGACGCAGAGAAAGAUAAGAAAAUCAAGGAGCUAAACCAGCGUCUAGAUGAGAGGCUCGACACUUCUUCAUCGACCCCUCCUUCAAAGGAGUUUGUCCCGAGGUUCUUUUUUCUUUUCUUUUCUUUUCUUUUCUUUUCUUUUCUUUUCUUUGUGAAUACUUCUCGUAGUGAAUGAUGGUCUGUAAUAAUGUUAGCUAGGUGAACCUAUUGGUGUGUCGUGUGUAGUUGAGACAUUGUGGACAAUGUCCAUCCUGAGUGUGGGGUGGAUGGUCUGUGUUCUUGUCGUGUUUUAUGUCGAGUCUUAGUUGUCCACAGUGUCUCGUCAUGUGUAUAUCGUUAAAAAAAUAAAUUGCCAUUAGGUUGAGCACAGCCAAACUGCAUGCAGUUUGCCUGUGUAAAAAGCAGGUUGCCUGUGCAAAGCUAAUGGCUAAAAAACACCUAAAAAUCAGAAAAAUUAAAAACAAAACCUUAUACUCUUGUGGUAACAUGAUGUAAAUGACUGUGAUGCGUGUGAAAUGAGUUUGUGCUUGAAUGUAAUCAUCGAAAUCACCCCACUAGUGUUGAAUUGCAUGGUUCUUCACAAGGAGCUUAAAUGUUUUGACUGACCUGAUAUGCUUUGAAUGAGCAAACUCUUUUAGCAACAUUCUCUUUUGUGAGGAUAGUGUAAUGACUUUUGGUGAAGUAGUUAGGUGGAGAAAAUUGACCAUUCGACAUGUUUGGAUACCGUGCUUACUUGCAUCAAUUUUGAGCUUUUGAUUUUGCAAAGAGUCUCUCUGUUUUAAUGGUUUUAUGAUGGGGUGAACUGUAUCUUUAUAAAAGAAAACACUACCUGACAAGUAAAAUAUAAGAAAGUUGCCAUAACAAUUAAAGUGUGGGUAAAAAUGCCCAAAUCAUGUGAGGCAAUCACUCAUUGCACAUGGGGAUUAGGAAAGAUUCAAUUGAGAAUCGGUUCGCGACCGUACGAUGUUGCUUAUCAAGUACGAUCCCUAGUUGAGUGAAGUUCCAUUUGAGGAUGUGCAAUGACCCUCCACACGGAUGGAGGAAAAGGAGUUAAAAGAAGCCCUUAUGCGAGUGCUAAGAAGCAGAAAUUGCUCUUGCUCGGUCACCGGUAGUAAGAAACAAACCCCAGUUGUACUAAAUACGACCUCUCGGCAAGCAAAAGUAGAAAGAGAGAAAGCCUCUCCUUGUCAUAAAAGGUAGUGAUGUGCUUAAAGUUAAAAUCUUGUUUGCGAAAGGCUUCCCCCAUUAGUUUUUGAGACUCAUGCUUAAUUAAUUUCUUAUGAUUGGUGUGAGUAAGCCAGACUGUCCUCACGAGAUAUGCACCCCACUGAUGUGGUUAGAUUCUCCUAAUAAUUGUUGCACCAUAAGUUGUUAACCCCCCACUACCGACGAUCGAAAUUGAGUGUUGCUAUUUGAGUUUUUGGAUGGAUUUGAGUCAGUCAAUGGUUAAGGGUUGCAAAGACCUUGAGUGUGGGGUGAAAGGUAUGACCAUUAGAGCUCAACUUGUUCGUUGAGAAAGAAACUAUUGAUUACAACAAGAGUAUAAGGAAAAUUAUGCUUUGUUUUUAGUGGUGAGUCUUUGGUGUGUCAUUGUUUUGGAUGAUUAUGUGUUUGUGUUGUUUGAGUCGUUGCUUAGGGACAAGCAACAAUUGAGUGUGGGGUUGUGAUAAUCGGCUUUAAUAUAUCGGAUUCUUGAACUUUAUGUGACUAUCCCAUGAUAUAUUUAAGCCAAUUGGUGCUAUUUUAGGGCUCGCUAACCCGGAAAUGGUUGAAAAACCAUUACUGCCUAGUGCCAUGAGUUUGAUAUGUUGCAGGUGGAGAAAACACGAGAAAAAUUGCACAGGCAAACAAUUCUCGGAUCAUUGGUUAAAUAGCACGUGGGCCUGAAUGGAGUAGCUGGAAGGAGAGUGGGCCGAGGGUUUGGUGAGCUUCAGUGGCAAUUAUUUUGGACGCAAGGAAGUGGGCCUAGCGCUAGAAGGGGCCGAAGGUUUUUUGGUUAAUUGGAAUGGGCUGGGACUUGGUUUUUGGACGGAUUCUCAUUGGUAAAGAGGAGGAGAUUUUGGGCCGGACAGAAUUGGAAUGGUUGGCAUGGAAUUGGACUUGGAACUUGGGACGGAAUCUCUAAAAGAAAAAAAAGGCGGCUGGGAGACGGGGGAAGUCAACGAGAGCUGGGGACGAAAUUCGGGCGGAAAGAAUGUGAAAAAGAAGGCGGCUGACAAGGGGUCUCUUGGUUUUGGAUUUUUGGGGCGGAAUUAAUUGGACGAUCGAGAGAGCUGCGGGCGCGGAUCUCUUUAUGAGCGCGGAAGCGAAAAGAGAGCAUAGCGCAGCGAGAGUUUUCCAAGGCGGCGAUUAUCGAUUGGUGAUCAGUUUUCCAAGGCGGCUUGAGCUGAGUUCAACGAGAGCGAUUAUUUGGUUGGAGUUUCUAAACCGAAUUAGUUGUUUAUUGUUGAUUUAGAACAUGAUGAUUAUAAACAUGAUUGUGUGUUUUAUUUUCGUCAUGAACUAAACCCCGAUUUCUGGGGGAAACACCAUAGGAUGUAGCUAUUUCUUGAUUUGAUGGAUUGAUUCAUAUUUCUCUUCCUCCAAUCUCUAUUACAUGGAAUUGCUUAAUGCUUUGUGUUGACUGGCCACCAAUACAACGAUUUGUAGUUAAUUAGGUUAUUAGCGAUAGUGAAACCCUAUUAACCGAACCUAUUUCAUGUGACAUAGUAAUUUAUCGAAGCGACAGUGGAUUAAAUAAGGUGUUAUGCGGUCU